GUGACAGCCUGUGUGAUCCUCAGUGUUCCUGCUUCCUGCUGCUCUGUUAGUCCGGCUCACUGGAAGGUGUCAGGAGGCUGCAGCUAGCAAAACUACACAUAACUACUCCGGAGCUGAAAGUGAAGCAGCGAUGAACCGACCAGGUUUUGGUGGGGUUUCAACCUCCAUGAACUUCUCCACAAGGGUAACAGAAAAUGGCUGCUCGCCCUCAGACCUGACAGAGGAGGACAUAGAUAAUCUAAAGUUUGAACUUGCAAAGAUGGAGGAUGAAAUUCAGACCUUGCGGCAGGUGCUUUUGGUCAGAGAAAAAUAUGCAGCAGACAUCAGGAGGCAGCUGGGUAUGGGUCCUCUUAGUAACAUCAAACAGAACCUGUCCAAAGGCUGGCAAGACGUCCAGACAUCAGCCCCAUAUCUCACAGCCUCUGCCACUCUGGAGGACAUCAGCCACUCCAACGCGUAUAUAAGGACACGGGAGACUCUCUCUCAUGCAGGCCAGGUGACAUCGACUGCACUGUCCACUAUGGGCGUGACCCUCACCAGGAGACUGGCAGAGAUGAGAGCUCUGCCUCUUCCCAGCCCACCACGCACCCUGAGCCACACCAUGAGUGUGCCAAGUAUGAGACAUUCCUCUACAUUCAAGUCUUUUGAGGAAAUGGUCGGCAGUGUGAAGGACAAGGUGAGUGGCGGUCUGACAAAUAAUGGAGACACCUCUGGCUUUGAACGAAGAUCCUCGCGCUCAUGAAACGGACCUGUCUAACAUAUCACAAAUAAUAAUUUUUCAUACCUUGUAAAGUUAUGAAAUAAUGUAUGUAAUGAUAUUCUGCUCCUCUGUCUGUGUGAAUUUGUCCACUGUUAUUUAUUGUGUUAACACCACAUGUCAAAUAGAAUGUAUUACGUCUGCAAAACUAUUUAAACUUCACUGUAAAAAUAGUCUUUUACUUUGUGAAUCUUAUGUUUCUGCGACUGGAUAAAUGUAAUUUAACAGUCAUUUAUUUUGACAUGACUGCUGUAAACCUGAACUCUACUUGGAAUAUGCAUUCAUUGACAUUAAUUGUGACAUUUACAGAACUGAAUAUCACAAACAUGAAGUAUUUUUGUACUUUAACAUUUUUCAAUUAAAGUCAAUUGAAUGGUGA